AUGAAUAGUCUGUUUAUUGUAUUCAUUAUUACACUGCCCGCCAUUCUAAAAGCAGUACCACUCCAGCCCAACUGGUAUCAAGCAGAGAAACAAUGCGCUAAUAAACACUCUCGUUUGCCAAAACUUGACGACAUCAAAAUCAGUGACAUUGAACGCAUUUUUGGCAAGGACCGCAAAAUCUGGCUAGGAGGAAAAUUUGUCAAUACACAGUGGAAAUGGAUUGAUGACGGCCCCCUUUACGAUCACGUGGGCUGUUUUGAUAUUCCCCUCGACCAAUUGACGCCAAGGAAUGAAGCGUGUCUGGAGGUUGUCGACUGUUUCAGAGUUUGUAAAACUCCAUACAUCGCAUUACAGACGAAUCACUGCUAUUGUUUCUCUAACAUAAGUGGAUACCAAAAUCGAUCUUCUAGUGACUGUCAUUAUCACUGCUGGAACAACUUCGAGGAGUCAUGUGGUGGUUUGUCGGCGUUGAGUGUGUAUCAUGGAGACACAACUCUCUUUCCCUGGUCACAAAAUUCCAACACUCUUCUAGACGACUGUGCAUUUUUAAAUCGGCCACUGUCCAUCUCAGUUAGCAUGGAAACUGAUAUGUGCGAUGCCCAGUCUGUCCUUCGGAAGCCAUUCUUUGGUCAAACAUGUAAAACAUGUCAACCUCAAAGAGUGGACAUAUACCUGACAUGGGAGAAGGCGAAACAUUUCCACAACUUCUCUGUAGCACGUGUGACAAGGGCAGACAACCCACCAUUUCAUGCUGGUGUACAUGGACCCCAGUAUUACUGGAUUGGCCUUCACAAACAUCACUCCCUUUGGAAAUGGACAGAUAAUUCAAGAGUGAUUCAAACCAGUUUCAAUGGUAGUCAAGACAGCAAUGUCACAAAAUGCUUAGCUGGCCUGCGUGGAACAAAUGGCAAUGUCGUUAUGAUGUCACUUCCGUGUAGCACUAAUCUGCAAUCCGUCUGCAUUUCUGCAAAGUCUUCAGCUGAUAAUGCCCACACGGAUGUGACGUCAGCAACAUCCUACACCAUUUUAACAGCAAAGCUCCCUCAAGAAAAGAGUACUGAUGAGUAUCGAGACCUGUAUAUUGCACUUGCUGUAAUAGGAGGACUGGCGUUGAUUGCCAUCUGUGUUAUUACGACUGUCUGCAUUAUACGACGCAAAAGAAGACAAAACCGGACAAUGCUGUACAAUGUCAAUGUGCCCGUGAGCGACAUCAGUGACGCGUGGACCAACAACAGCCAGCUCAUCAUCAUGGACAACAGCAUCUACGGCAAAACUCAGAAACGCGUGCGGAUUCGCUCACUGCGAGACUUGAUAUACAGCUCACAAGGCAAGACGUCUUCUCUACACAGUCUGGUUCAAAGUGGAGACAACUCCGAACGACAGAUGAAUGGAGCUGCUUCGCAGAGCCUGAGAGCGUCGUCCGGGUUACCGGAUCCUGUACGUCCAUUUCCGUUUGAACCGGAAAAGCGUGGAGACAAAUGAGAAAGCUGAGCGCUUGCUGUCACUAACUGGACUGGGUUUUUUGGGGGGUGAUGUUAAACGGUUUUAUUUCUCAAAUUUGAUUUGACGCCCAAGGCUUUAACUUUGAGGAGGCUAAGCCCUUACUGUCACUCAUUGGCAGUGCCGAAUUUAUAAGGUGGCAAAGGGGGAAAUUGCCCUGGGUACCCCCCCAGACUGAGGACUUAAUUACAAAAUUAGUUUAAAAAAUGUAUGUGUCAUGUAAUUUAAUUUCUAUGUUGAGGGGCCCCCGAAACUGAA